AUGCAAGUCUUGGAAGAACAACAACUCAUGGUGGUUUCUAAGGAUCUUGCACAACAACAAAUAAUUAAAGGAAAGAGAACAAAGCGUCAAAGGUUGCCUUCUCCACUUCGGUUAGCCAUGUCUUGCAACGAAGGAACGAGUUAUUACGCUCACGAUGAUCAUGAUCACGAUCACGAUCACAAUCACAAAGACCGAAAUUCAAAGGGAAUUGAAUUCGCAGUUAUUAAAUCGCGUAACCAAUUAGAAGAAGAGAAAGAAGAAGAAGAUAUGGCGAACUGUCUUAUUCUAUUAGCUCAAGGCCGUCGUCAUCAUCGUCAGGAUCUUCAUCCUGACGACGACGACAAAAAAUCUUCGAAUUUUUAUCUUUACGAAUGCAAGACAUGCAAUAGGUGUUUCCCUUCCUUCCAAGCACUAGGUGGACAUAGAGCAAGUCAUAGCAAACCUAACAAACCAAAUUGUAACAAUAAUGUUGCAAGAACUUUUGUUGAUCAUCAUUAUGAUCCAACCAUGAAUACUAUACUCUCUUUGCAAGGCUUUACGGCCGCGACCCCGAUUACUACUAUUACUACUCCUACUACCGCUCCUACAAAAAAGUCAAAAGUUCACGAGUGUUCGAUAUGUGGCGCGGAAUUCGCGUCGGGGCAAGCGUUGGGAGGACAUAUGCGACGACAUAGAACACUCGUGAACACAUCAACAACAACAACAGCGACAGCAACAACAACUUCUUUGAGUAUGAGUAUUGGUAGCACUAAAUCUCAUGAAGCUAAGAAACCAAGAAAUGUUUUGAAGUUGGAUUUGAAUCUUCCAGCUCCUGAAGUUGAACAAAGAGAUCAAUCCAAGUUUUCUUUUCAGCCUAGAGAAAAUGUUAUUGCUUUCUCCAGUAAUUCUUCUUUGGUCGAUUGCCAUUUCUAA